AUGCCGCCUGUCUUCGCUCAACAGGUGGCAUCGUACCAGCUCACCGAAGAUCGAGCUGCGCUAGCUUUGGCGUGGAACGCACCUGCAAACUCCGUGGGCGCUGACACGGCAUACUACAACGUCUACCGAGAUCAAGGUUUGCGACAAGCUCUGUUCCGGCUGAUUGGAACGACCCAGACGCCAUUUUUUAACGAUACCGACUUGGACGCUGGCAGAGCCUAUGGCUACCAGGUUGCAGCAGUGAAUGCCUUUGGGGAAGGACCUGUCAGUGAUGUGCUUUUUCUACAAGCAGCGGACAGUUCUGCAAUUCCUCAGACGGAGCUUUCCAGGCUGUCAGGACUUCUGAGCCAAGCGGAUGUCCAACUGGUCCCAGCUGCCGCCUUUGGAGUGCUGGAUGAGGUAGGUGGCGUUGUGCAGAUCUAUAGCAAUGAUCUGGCCCGCGAGCUUCGUGUGCAAGGCUACAGCAGCCAACGGCGAGCGCAUGUGGCAGCCUUUGGCCCUGUGAAUCUUACCUUGGAGGCACUGGAUCUUGCUGGUAACACUGGAGAAGAAGACCCAUGUGAAGAGGCGCGCUUGGCAAUUUCUGUUGGAGACGUGUUUGAUGAGUUUUGUGCUGGAGACGAACUGCCACAGAACUCUGUUUUCCACACGCUGCCGUAUGGAAACUUCGCGGUCAUAAGCUGGCGCACGGGCUCCCUCUCCACAAGUGCUUCGUCCAAUGGUUGGACAAUCAGUCUGAGACCUUGA